AUGAAGAAUUGUGAAAUACAUCCAAAAGAACCCAUAAUAGGAAUAUGCAUUGCAUAACAUACUGAUUGUCAAAGAAAACUUUGUUUUAAGUGCUUCCAUGAUCAUAAGAUUACAAUUUAAUAAAGUCUUCCAUUCGAUGUUUUUUUAGAUCGGCUUUUAAAACUAAGUGAAACAUACAAACUUAAUGAUAAGGGAAAAUAUGAUGAGGUAAGAAUAGCCUUUAAAUCUCUACUAUCUACUUCGGAAGAGAUGAUAAAAAAGUUAUUCAUCCAAUUGAAUGAUUCCAUUUAAUACAUAUUUGGAAAGUUGAAAGAGCAAGAUCAAUUAUAUUUAGAUCUAAUAGACAGAAAUUAAUAACCUGCAUUAUCCUAUCUUCCUGAUUUAGACAAAUUAGUGUAGAUUUUGGAAGGCAGAGUUUUAUAAGAUUGGGAUAUUUAAAAGAAUUCGUACCUAGAAUAAUUAGGCUAAGCAAAAGAGUGGCUAGCGGAAUAAAUGAAGACAUUUAAUUAAAAUUUUUAAGAAGAAAUGAGGGAGAUAUUUUCAAUAAAAAAGUAAGAAUUGGAUUAAUACUACUAAGCAUCAAACCAAUGGAAACAAAAAAGUAAUUAGCAGAAUAGAAGGAGGAAAAAUAAGAAGUCAUAGGGUUCGUAUGGGAUAGAGUUUGGUCUAAAUUAAUUUAGACCAAAUUUUAAACUGUUGUAACUCAAGACAACAAAUUAAAGUACAUAAAAGAUGGAAUCACCAUAAGGAUGUAAUUGCUAUAGUAUUUUUAAUUGUAAUAGAGACACUAUCAAAGAUACUUCGAGAAAACCUGAAAUAUUGGUUAAUUUAGAGCAAAUUUAACAUCUAGAAUGGAUAGGAGAUUAUAGCAAAACUAAUUAAAAGACUGGGAAAUGGAUAGCAAAAUGGAAAGGGAAAAUUUUAAAGGAGGUGGGAGGGGAGUACUCUAAUCAUGGAAAAAAAAAUGGAAGGUGGAAGGAAAUGAUUAAGAAUUAUUGGAGGUAAAUAAAUAAUUCUGAUGUAAAAGUAAAGCGGAAGUCUAUGAAAUGGGUGAAUAUGAAGAUGACUAACGAAAAGGAACUUGGAAGUACAUAUAUGAGGAUAAAGAUUUGUAUACUAUAAUUAUUAAAGAAUAGUGGUGGGGGAGAAUAUAACAAUUAGAGCGAAAAGAACGGAAAAUGGAUUGAGUUGAGUGCUGGAUUUUGGGAAUACUCACAAAUUACAUACAAUGGAGAGUAUAAAAAUGGAAAAAAAAUUAAUAGAUGGGAGAUCAUGUUUUAGGGAAAUGAUUUACUGUCUAAGUAAAAACAGAUGUAAAAUUUAAAUAAUACAUUAGUGGUGGUGGAUCAUAUGACGGAGAAGGCAAUGGAUCAAAGAUAGGAGAAUGGAUUGAAUUAGGUGAGGCAUUUAGGGAAAGUUCAUAAGUCACUUUGAGAGGAGAAUAUCAAUAAAAUAAAAAAGUUGGAAACUGGAAGAUUUAUUGGUGUUGGUGUGGAAAGAAUUAGGAAAUGUAAUAAUUGAUAAAAAAUAUUAUUUUUAGUGGUGGUGGAUAAUAUGAGAAUGGUAUUAAGGUUGGUUUUUGGAUUGAUUUGAGUGAUGGAUUUGCAAGUUAUAUGUAAGUCACUUAAAAUGGUACGUAUAAUAAUGGUAAAAAAGUUGGAAUGUGGGUGGAAAAAGAUAUCAAAAAGAAUGAGAUAUGUAAAGAGAUUCAUUAUAAGAGUUGA